AUGCAUGGCAAUGAGAAGGCGUCAGAGGAUGGUCGCAGAACAGCUCGAAUGGUUGGCGAAAGCUCAUCCUCCUCAUCCUCUGCGGCUGCAUUCUUCGGUGCGUCAGUUAGCAGCUCUUCCUCGUCAGCAUCGACCACACCAUCCACACCCAUCAUCCAGGACCCGCUCUCGCUCGUCUCGUCCGAACUUUCGUCCUUGCGCUCCAACGUCUCCUCGCUCCUCGGCUCGGGUCACCCAAGCUUGGACACGAUAGCAAAGUACUACUUUCAGGCGGAGGGAAAGCAUGUUCGACCGCUCAUCGUCCUGCUCAUGAGCAAAGCCGUCAACGGUCUCUCGCCUCUCUACCCUGAACUGCUCUCGCAGGCGCAGAACUCAGCGCAGCGCAGCGAUACGGGCAAGUCGAUCGAGCGUGACAUGGGCAUCAACGAGCCGCUCUCACCGGGAAGCGUCCUCAACGACUUCAAUCCGCACAUGGAGAGCAUCGAGGGAUCGCUUCCUCCAUCAUCAGCGCAGGAUGGAAGCGCAGCAGCAGCGCUCGCUUCCACCACCGGCGCCAUUCUGCCCACGCAGCGCAGGCUCGCCGAGAUCACCGAGAUGAUCCACGUCGCAUCGCUGCUUCACGACGACGUCAUCGAUGCAUCGCCUCUUCGACGCGGUGCGCCUUCAGCUCCUUCAGCCUUCGGAAACAAGCUCAGCAUCUUGGGAGGCGAUUUCUUGCUCGGCCGUGCUUCCGUCGCACUGGCUCGUCUUCGUGACGCCGAGGUGGUCGAGUUGCUCGCCACCGUCAUUGCCAACCUGGUCGAGGGCGAGGUGAUGCAGCUCAAGUCGCAGGCUGCUUCUGCCGCCGAGUCUAGCGAAAGUACUGGAACACCGACGCACGCCAACAUUUGGGAAUCCGAAGGCCUCGUAGCGCACACCAUGGGUCUCUCCGACGUUGAAGCCAAGAAGGCAGUCGAUCACGCAGUCUCGACCUACAAUCAACCCACACCAGCCCACUUUUCGCUCUACCUCCAAAAGACUUACCUCAAGACCGCUGCUCUCAUCGCCAAAUCCACACGUGCCUCUGUCAUCCUCGCCGGCUGCGGAGCCGACGCCAUCUCCAAAGCCAACCUUCCCCCCUCCGUCGCAGAACACAUGCGCACCAUCAGAGACGCAGCCUACGGCUACGGUAGAAACCUCGGCAUCGCCUUCCAACUCGUCGACGAUCUGCUCGAUUUCCAAUCCACCUCGGCCGCUUUUGGAAAACCGUCCGGUGGAGCUGAUCUCAGGUUGGGAUUGGCUACCGCUCCUGUGCUGUAUGCUUGGCAGGAGCUACCAGGGGAAGGGAUCCACGAGCUGGUGGCGAGAAGGUUCGAGGGUGAGGGAGAUGUGGAGAAGAUGUUGAGGUUGGUAGAUAGAAGUCAGGGUUUACAGAGGACGGCGGAAUUGGCGAAGGAGCACGCGAGGAGGGCGAGAUCGCAUCUGGAUGUGCUGCCUGAUUCCGAGGCCAAGCAGGCGCUGAUCGGGUUGAACGAGCAGGUGAUCAAGCGCGUAAAGUAG